AUGUCUAGUUUUGUCGAUACAUGUUUUAAAUUAAGCAAAACACACGACUAUACAUUUUUUACAGUUCACACAUUAUUUUGGUUAAUAGGUCACUAUUUAUUAUCAGAUAAUAAGAAACCAAUAGAAUCGAAAAACAAUGGACCAAAAAAUAAAAAAUUACCACCAUAUAAAUUAACAAAAAUCGAAAAGAUAUUUGCUACGAUUAUGAUAUCAGUAACAAUCAUUAAUAUAUUACUUAGAAUUUCUAAAGGCGUUCCACAUUGGUUAAUUCAACCAUGCCAUGUGCUCUCUGUUAUAUUAAUUUGUGUUUUAUUAGACAAGAAUAGUAGCUCUAAUUUAUUUUAUCUUUAUUUCUAUACUUUAUGGAUGCCAGUAUUUGGAUUAUUAGCAGUACCAGACGAUUCAUGGUUUUAUUAUUCAUGGGAACCAUUUGUUUUUUAUCUUCAUCAUUAUACUAUGGUUCUUAUUCCAUUUUACUAUUUAAUUUUCAAUCAUAGAUUCCACGCACAUUUUAAAUCAAAAACAUCAUUAUCAUACGAACAUUAUUUUAAUCCAAAACUAUCAAGCUUCAAGAAUCGUAUCAAAUUAUUUGUUCAAAUCUUUAUUUUAGGAAUGCUUUAUCAUACAGUUGUUUUAGGUUUUGGAGGUUUAUUACUUGAUGAAGAUUUCAACUCAAUGAGAUGUCGUUUCCCAGGUGGUGAAAUGUUAGGAAUUUGGUGGAGAGAAGCUUUAUCAGUUGGUGGCUUAAUUGUUGGAAUUUUGGUUGCAAUGAUCCCAGAUACAAUUUUCCAUUACUUUUUACAUAAAGAUAAUAAUAAUCAACAACAAACUAAAUCAACUCCAUCAUCAAAUUUUAUUUCAGAUUUAUUUAAUUACGUAAAUACUUUAGUUAAAUCUGAAAUUAAAAAGAACGAAUAA